CACUUCACACGUUCUUAGAAUUUACAUCUUUAUAAUGGAAACCAUUUAUGAAAAUUUUGAAUCUAAAGAUCCUGUCUGCAAAUUUUCUGACUCAAAUCCACCAGCUUCCAUCAAGUCCAACAGGAGAUGCUAUCUCGGUGUUAUUACUUUCAUGGUGAUGCUGAGUGUUCUUCUUCUGGCUGGACUCAUCAUUGUCUGCCUCCUCUAUGGUGACUCAGUAAGACAUUUGUCAGAAAUCUCUGACAGCAAAGACAAUUUGAUUGAGCAUCUGAAUGCUGUCAUUGAGAGGAUGAAUUCCAGCCUCAUUGAAACAACCAAGAAGCUGAUGGACUGGAAAACAGGAUGUCCUGAGAAAUGGAUCAGAUUUGGUUCCUCUUGUUACUUCUUCUCUGGAGAGUCAAAGUCCUGGGAUGAAGCAAGAGAGUUCUGCAGAACCAAAGAAGCUGAUCUGGUGGUGAUGAACAGCAAAGAGGAAAAUGAAUUUAUUUCUAAAUUGAACAAGCAAAAGUUUUGGAUUGGAUUGUCUGACAGAGACUUGGAGGGGACCUGGAAAUGGGUUGAUGGAAGUUCUCUGGAUCUGCAGUUCUGGGCGUCUGGUCAGCCUGAUAAUCAUAAAGGAGGUGAAGACUGUGGACAUAUGUUAGCAUAUUUUGAAUCUCCGGGACUCUGGAAUGAUGUUCAAUGUAGCUUUGCAAUGCAGUGGAUCUGUGAAAAAGAAGAAAUGCUAUUUGUUUGAAAAUUCUUUAUACAUUUAUUAUUAAGAUCUAACCAAGAUGGUUUAACUCUUCAAAUUACAUACAGGGUACAAACUUAAACAAGAAAUGUUAUUUAAUCAGACAGUACAAAAAAUCAGCUUCUAACUUUUCCAAGGCAAUGAAAAGACAUCAGCAGCUCAGAAAUGUGAACAUUUAACCAACCAAGAAUAAAUCAGAGCAAGUUAAGUGACCCUUAUUUUAUUUUUCAAACCAUUAGGGGGGCAAACCAUGAACCACUUAAAAAUGAUUGAAUUUGUUCAAAAAUAGAUAAUCGACUUUAUAAUCUGGUAUGAAUUCUGGCUGUACUUACUGACCUCCAAUUCAUCUUCUGUAAUAAGGAGCAGUGCUCAAAAAUGUGUCAAAUUGUUGGACUUAAACUAUGAAGCUGCACCGCCUGAUGGAGCGUUACAGCAACUGUAGUCAGGAGCCAGGCAGAGUGAUACGUACCAUCCUUCAACUGUUUGAGAAUGACUUAAUGUUUGAGUUACUCUAAUUGAUUUUUACUUUACUACUUGCUUACUUUUUACUUUACAGUCUUUUUUAAUAGCUUGCUGUUUUUUUUUAACCAUAGAGCUACAGUGGGGGAGUAAAGGACCACAUGUGGCUCCGGAGCCUCAGGUUGCAGAUCCCUGUUUUAGACGAUGACUUGCUUCAAGUGUUUUAGUUUGCUGAAAUGCCAAAUAAAUUCCU